GGACUGGACUGUCCGCUGGUGACAUCGCAGUCCACCGACCGACCGAAUCCAAGACAAGACAAGACACUUAUCAUUCUUCGCCCGCAUGAGAUCCGCCUACUAAAAUCACUCAUCCACGAUGUCCGACAUGACCUCUCACGACCAGCAAGAUGCCUCUCCAGCAACCCCGGUGGCAUCUAAUCCAGACUCUGCAACUGUACUUCCUAUAGAUCAUCCUACUGUCACAACCACAACCGAAACACCGCCCGACCAGUCCACUUCUUCACUUCCAUCUACCGCCGCCACCACUGUGGAACAACUCUCUCCUUCUCAUAUACUCCUUCCCAUCCCUACACCUUCUACCAAUCAAUCACAGUCACCCUUUCCAUUUUCACGCGCAUUUGUUCCGACCGACAAUGAUGACUGGACUUCUCUCCCACCCGAAGUCCUGAACGCAGAUAUAUCCAUAGCGCCCGACGGAAGCUUCGUCGAAACCUCCUCUGGUCCCGCCGCGCGAGAACUCAAAAGAAGGUAUGACCAUUACGUUGGCGUUGGUAAAGACAUACGGUCUCCGUACGCAAUCACUGCAUUCAUAAACCAGCAUGGGAAGCAGAUGUACCGCGUGGGCCGUCGUGAUGCCACCGCGCCAGCCGCAGAGGCAGAGUCGAAGGUCUCGUCCUCCAUAGACGUGUCUCAUACUCGUUCGCUCAGGGGUCGGUCGCGUUUGAGCGUACACAACAUUCUCUCUCAGAACAAACUCAAGAGCGGGUCGACCUUGAAGCUUGGUCAAGCGCAGGACGCGAGCUCGUCGGGUCGCAAACUUUUGAGAAGAACUCGUUCCAUUCCCGACAUGUUCGGCGUAGCUGCUUCUUCUGGAAGUGCCGGACCCUCCAGACAGCCCACGCCAACCGGUCGCACUCACUCCUACAGCGUCACAGGCGCAGACAUGCCUCGCCAUGUAACAGCGUCGUACACAAGUGAUAUCUUUGCCGAGGCCAUGCAAUGGUCCGAUGGAUCGGCGAUACCUUCUCCCCACACCAGAUGUUGUACUUCUGAUGGCGGAUACAUUCCUUACCCAUUCGGUCCUGGGGUUUCUUUUGACGCACCUUCGCGGCGCUCUCCUGCCUUCUUCCUUCCAUUACCUCGGGCUCUUCGUGAAAUGCAAUCAUUUGAAUCCUGUCUAACCGCUCGGGCCGGGGACACUCCAAAACGUGCCGACACCCCAGAUUCCAUUGUAGAGGCACCAGCCCCUGAUUCUCCCGAUGACCUAUUUCCUACUACUCGCAUUGCAGUUCCACAAUUUGGUGAUGACUCUGACAUUCCACCCCCCGACCCAACUCUUGCACCACUCCCCGAGACGUGCAUGCAUUCGCAUUCAGCCGGAGAAACGACCAUCAAAAUGUCGCUUCGGUCCGAUGACGAUGCGGCCCCUCGGGACGACCCUCGGUUUGUGUUGUGGGGAGAAGUCCAUCAAACCCCUGAUUCCGAUGGCGACGACACGUCCGUGUCGCAGGGUAGCCGUACAGGAGUGUCAUCUCCCUCAGCCUCUCGCCGCGGAAAAUCUGGAGACGUCCCUAAAUUAAACGUUUCUACCGACGAUCUUGCUUGCAAAUCUGGCAGUCGCAGGGUGAUCAUCGCUGCCACAAUUGAGCGAUGGAUCGCCCAAUUGACUUCUGAGCUUAACUACGACGAACUACUCAACUUCUUCCUGACAUACCGGACGUACAUAUCUGCCGUUGACCUUUGCCAUUUGCUCAUCUGUCGUUUUCAUUGGAGCCUGAGCGGUCAUGCAACAAAGGAAGAUGAUCACGUGCGCAAGAUUGUGAGAGUGCGAACGUUUGUGGCAAUUAGAUAUUGGUUGUUGACCUUCUUCGUGAUGGACUUUCUUCCCAAUCGAGAACUAAGGCUUCUACUCGCUAGUUGGUUGAAUACUCUGGUACGUGAUCCGGUGUUGCAGAAGCACCAAGAUGGCUUGAGCAUCGUCCGGAAGUUGAUCAAAGUUGUCAAAGAUUGCAAGGAGGCACACACACGGAGACAGCGCGGUUUGGAGUCGGCUCGCAAGAGCCUGACAAACACACCUAAACCGCGUCCGACGCAUCUCCUCGGAGAAAAGUUCGCUGAAGCUAUUUCCAAGAACCAAGAUGAUUCCGAUGUUGACCUCGACUUCGUUCUCGACGACCGCAUGUCGGUGUAUCUUGGCAACGGCGAGUCUGGUAACGCUUUCAGCUUCGGUGCUGCGGGAGGCGCAUCCUCCCGAACAGGUGCCAUCCCCUCUGCCUCAGCUGCACUUCUGCAACAGCCUCUGCAGAGGAAUAUUCUCCAGCAAAGCCGCGCGAGUAUAUCGGUUUCCGUAACCGAGACCCUUGCCGCACUCAACCCUCCUCCUGUUUCGUCUUCCCAUAGUGCACUGUCCCGGGCAUUCGUGAAGACGAUUGGGCGACUGGGCAGAUGGAAGCGCGUGCUGAACUCGCGUCAGUCCGUCGAUACGGGCAUUGCGGUCCCCGCCAAUGUUUCGGCAUUCGACCUGGAAAUGAGUGCCACGAAUGAUUUGCUGACAGUACGGGGUGGUGUAGAGCAGUAUCUGAAGAUGAUCGAGCCUCACCCUCCCAGAACGCCAGUUCACCCCAACGUCGACUUGAAGACUUCACAGGAGCCAACAGUCAGUGGUUCGUUGCCGGAGCAGACCGAAGAGAAUCCUGUUGAAAUCGACGUACCUCCGUCUUCUCGAUCGCUGCGUUCGGUGGUGGAGGUGGCAGAAGAGGAAGAAGGAACCGAAACCGCAACCAUGGGGAACCGGGUCAUCUCCAUGGCCGAAUCUCGGUCGUCAAUAACUACGCGCUCCACCGAGUCGUUCGGUUCUGUGCUUACUUCGGAGUCGAAGGUGAACCCUGUGGUGGCCCGAGUGAAAGCUCGGCCUCCAUGGCAAUUUGACGUCGUCUCCCUUGACGACUUGGAUUUGUCGGACUCUUCGACCGAAGCUCAUAUUGAAAGCCCCUCCGGACCCUCAGCUCUUCGCAAGGCGCCGCGGAAAUUGCCUCUAAGGCGCGAUUUCGAAUUCGUCCGCAGGUCGGGACAAAGUGUAUCGUCCAUGGGCAUACGUUCGCGCGACUCUGUGGCCUCAGAGAGUUCUGCAGUAUCGUCUGUAUCUAUGGGUGGGGGGUUAGGAAAAAACAUUCAGCAGUGGCAGGUCAACGCAAUCGUGGAUUCCCUCACCGAGGAUGGCGAGGACGGCGGUGUCGAAGCAGCUUUGCGGCGACUCGAGGGCCAAAUAAAUCCUCAGCGACGGAAAGAGAAGGCGAUCAAGGUAGACGGGUGGGUUCGAGCUAUCCAGGAACGUAUGGCUGCUGGCGAUUUUGGUGACGAACAACCGCGCUUCUUUGAUGAGGACGACGAGGAUGACGAAGAUGAGAGUGACUACGUUAUCGAUCAGCACGAGACUGGGUCUGUCUUACAAAGCGUACAGCUUGAUGACACCGCCAACUCUGGCACACCCUCUCGUGUCGUUCCUUCCGCAGCCCAGGAUGAUUAUUUUGGUUCUGCAGUCGCAGGCACGUCAAUUCAGCCAGUCGUGACGCCUCCCAGUGAACCAAUGAUGGAGGACUCUGGCUCCACCUCGCCGCUGAAGACGAACGAUGCAAAACCUACUGUGGAAGAUGCUGUUCCUCUGGAGAUACUGCAGAGUCGUGUCUCCUCAAGGCUAUCCACGUCGCAUGACUCCCCGUUAUCGCCAUCUUCACACGGAACUCCUAUCACGCCUCCGCCCAAGUUCCUACCGCCUGCGGGACGAAAAUCGCACCGAUGCUGGAUCCUAGGUUUCAAGGCUGACGUCCUCGUCCAUCACUUUUCCAUGAUUGACCGAGAGUUGUUUUUGAGUGUCAAACCUGAGGAGCUCAUCCUCGAUGACUGGAUGUCUUGUCAAGAGGUAAACGUACUUGACUGGACGCAGUAUCUUAAGGACAGGGCGCGGUGGAAAGCGGAGUCGCGUUUCAGUCACAAAACAAGCGCGCUUGCGGCCGUUCGUGGUCGCUUCAAUUUGAUGGCGAACUUUGUCAUUUCCGAAGUUAUUUUGACGCAUCCCAGCGAGAGACACACGCUCGUCUCGAAGUUCAUUCGUAUUGCAAUCAAAGCGUACAGCUACAGUAAUUUCCAUACCGUCGCAGCCAUCCUGGCGGGGCUUCUUAGCGAGUGGGUCAAGAAGGCUAUGUAUCGUCAGUGGCACCGAGUUGGACCUUGGGAAAUGCAAAUCUUCCAGAAACUCCGUCAAUUCGUCACGCCUGAAGAUAAUUUUAAGGCUAUGCAUCAAGCGGUCAGGGCCAUGGUCGACCCGAAGCCGAUCGACGUUAGGUCUCGCGCGUCGACCAUCAUGAGUGGAAGCACUUCGGAAUCCCACUCCAAGGUGAAGCACUCCAAUGAAAACAUGCCAUCUGCAUGCGUGCCUUUCAUUGGCAUUUACCUGUCCCAGCUCUGUCGUUACAGCAAAUUACCUGACUUAAUCGAUCCUACCUCGCCUCACGAUCCCGUGGGUAUGGACUCACAAUCCUUCAGCUUCGAUUCACCCGCGCACCCCGAUGUUUUCGAUUCUUUGACGCCACUUCCACCUUCUAUGCAACUCGAGCCUCUAAUCAACGUUCACAAACAACGUCUUAUCGCAGAGGUGAUCAAAGACCUGGUUGCGGGCCAACACCUUGCCAGUCGAGUGAACUUUGCCAUCGACAAAAAAUUGUUCCAAAAAUGUCUCAGGAUUCGUGGGUUAGAUUCGGACACUCUUCAACAGGUGUAUAUAAUGUAUUCGGACCCCAGCACCGCGCCAAUGCGGCUGAGUGGCUUUAUACCCUUGUAGUGGAUACGGCUAUGCUUUUGUUGUUACGUCAGUCAAAUUGGGAGUCUUUGCAUUUGCUUGCCAUAUUUGCCGUUUUUGAGGUCUUGAGGACU